AUGGUGAGCGACAUAAGCUGGAUGACUUCAAACAGACGAUCUGUAGAGUUUCGUAGGGGUGUGGAUGAGUUUGUUGGAGUUGCUCGAAUGGAAUUAAAUUCUGCCGGAGUUACACGAUGCCCUUGCAUGAGAUGUCUGAAUGUGAAAUUUGAAACUCCCGAUAAUAUUAGGGUACAUCUAUUUGUGCACGACAUCCAACGAUCGUACACGACCUGGUAUUUUCAUGGUGAGUCGUUCACGCAAUCGGCUGUAGAAAUAUUAGACAAAGAAGAAGAAGAAAUGGCAGAUGUAAUGGCAGAUAUUUUAAGAGAAGAUCCUAGUUUUGACGAUCCAAGUUCUACCACUGCUUCCUUUAAUGAGCUCCCUGUGAAUGGUGGUGGAAAGUACGACGAUUUGUUCAAGGAUAUGGAAACUGAAUUGUACACGGGUUGCAAAAAAUCAGCGCUCAACGCUUUGGUGAAGUUGAUGCACUGCAAAGUUCCCAAUAAGUGGAGUAACCAUUCUUUUGAUAUGUUACUCGCCAUAUUGAUUGAGUUAUUUCCAGAGGGUACAAAAUUACCCAAGUCCCAUUACGAGUCGAAGAUGAAAUUGCAUAACCUUGGUUUGGGUUAUGAAACCAUUGAUGUAUGCAAGUAUAAUUAUGCCUUAUUUUGGAAAGAGAAUGAAAAAAAAAAGAAGUAUGUCCGAUUUGUGGCGAGAGUCGUUGGAAAAAGAGAAAGGGAGACAGAAAAAAAAGUUGCUAGAAAAGUUUUGCGGUACUUUCCUUUAAUUCCGAGACUGAAGAGGUUAUACAGUUCAAGACACUCGGCAGAAGACAUGUGGUGGCACUACUCUAAGAGACCUAAAGAGGAUGGCGUGCUUAGACACCCCACAGAUGCAGAAGAGUUGAAGCAGUUUGACAGACGUCCUCCAUCCUUCGCACUUGAGCCUGAAAAUUCCCGUACAACUUACCCCCGUGGAAGUGCAUGA